CGAACGCACCAUGACACCUAAACUGGGCGACGCUCCCCUAAUGAACGUACCAUGGCGAGCUCUCAUUUGUUUUCAAUCGCGCGCGUGUUCGAUCAUGUUUGUGUCGAUCGUGUUUGGCCGCUGUUUAAUCGAAAAAGUGUUAGUGAAAUCGCGUGUGUUCGUGAAAAAGGCAACAUCCGGCGUUUGUCCAACACGGUCUUGGACAAAUUUGCCGGGUGACCGAACCGGAACGGCUCUGGGAUGGCGGAACUUUUUCAUAUUUGGGGACUUCUUCUACCAGGCCCGGCGCCUGCUGCGGACACUUCCGGCCGGAUUUGUUCAGGAUGGUCGUUUCGUCUGGAGGCGAAAAUCGUUAGGGGCCUAUUCCACUGAGGAUUGUGCUUCAUAAAUACUCAAGAGUUCAUCC